UCAUUCUGUUCCUCUUAGGCUUGAUUUUUAAAACUGUAUUUGUUUUCUUAAUAAGGUUAAAAAUAUACUUUCUAGUUAUAGAUGUGAAGUAGGUGAUAUUUCAAAAAAUGGCUAAGUGACAGUGCUGGACAUGGCAACAGUGUACUGAAACUAUGGCAAAAUUCUUUGUUCUUUUCUGCUUACAUCAAUUGGCUAUGAUAAAUGAAGCAUGAUGUUUAAUCUUCCAAGGUGCUGUUUGCACUGGAAGUAAUUCAAUUCAAGAACUUGGUUUUGGUUGUAUAUCCAGGAAAAAGCUACAGAGAGUUGCACUGUGUUACACAAGCUGAGAUCUGCCUGGUAAUCUAAUCCUGUAAUACAAAAACACACAGACAUACACAUAUAUAAAAUAAAAAACAUUAGAUGUUUGAUUGAACUUAUUUGCCUUAAGACAACAAUUGGAAAGAGAGCAGUCUUCUUUCUGAUUCUGUGAGGAAGUGAUCAUUUAAGAUGGGAACUUCAUGAAUUUGCUGCUCAUUUUCUCAAUUGUAUGAAGGGCAAUAUGGCUAUAAGAACUGAAACUCUCAGUCUGACAGGCCCUUUUGAUGGAGAUGCACCUGGCAUCUGAGUACAGGAGAAAUGGAUCCUGGUGGGUGGAGAAGGCAACACAAUCACCUUCUGAAGAACUAAUGAGUAGUCAGUGGAGUAUUGAGUGGAGUAAACGAUAGCUUUGUGCUUGGGGAAGGCAUCAGUCAUUCUGGAGUGCUAAGGUAGAGGCAGGAGAGAGGUGUUUGGAGAAGGGGUGGUGACAGAUUGCUGGUGCCUGAUAAGGAAGUGGGGGGCAAUGGCAUUCAUUUAGGUUUUAGGUCUGAUAUGGCUCUGGACUUGCCAUGGCAUGGGCAGCAUCAUUUUCUUGAGCAGCUCGGCCUGGUGAGAAGCUUUUCCAGUUUGGGAAAAGAGGAAAGCCAUUGCUGCCUCCAAAUUGGAAGAAGUCUGCUGUGAAAAACAGCAACAUUGGAAUCUGAGCAGGUCUUGGCCUUCACCUUCAGUGGAUGUAGUCUGCCUUUGCCUUGUGGAUUAGCUGUAUUCUGUGAGCAAACUGUUUGAGGGUACAUCCUGUGAUAUGGCAGGCUUUUAUCCUUGUUGAAAGUCCUAAAUGAUUGUUUGAUCUUUAAACUUUCUCUUAAAGGAUUCUCUGGAGGAGCUGACUCGUUUUAUGUUGAUAUCCUUAAAUUAGCAAUAUCAGUGACCUAACUUUAAACAGUAAAAACAUUGACACUUGGAUGCAGGAGCUAAGUGAAAGUAAAAUUCAGAAUACCAAUCUCAGGAAAAAAAUACUUGAAAAGGAAAAACAGAUUAAAGAACUUUCAUCCAUGCUCCAGUGUGAAAAAAUCAAGGUACAGAAAUGGGACCACCUCUCAAAAUCAGUAAAGGAAGUACAAGCUCACCUGCAGCGUCAGAUUAAAAGAAAGGAAGCAGAAAAUCAUGAAUUAAAAGUGAAAAUGCAGACUCUACAAAAUAAAAUAGCAGAGUGGAAACAUCAAAUUGGUGAAUACAAGUGCCAGAAGUUAGCCUUAAAGGAAACAAGUGAGCAAAAGAAGAUAGCUCUGGAAAAAGCAAUAAGAUCCCAGAAACAAAGAGCUCAGCGCUUAGAAGAAGCUGUGAAAGAUAUAACCUCGAAAAUAAAAAAACAUGAAGUCAAACUGCAUGAGAUACUGUCAGCUUCUGAUGUCUGGAAAAACCAGCACGGUGGAAUAGUUGAAGAAAAGACAAUGUUAGAAGUUCAAAUAGAAGAUCUUGAGAAUGAGAGUUCUGGAAGCAUUGUGUAUUAUAGAGAACUUGCCUGUCUUAAAAGUCAGAUCAGAGGCCUGAUGGAAGACAUAGAAAGAAGGGAGAAAUGGAGAAGAAACUCAGAAGAGGAAAUUCUUGGAAAGCUAAAUUCUGUUAACUCUGAAAAUGAAAAGAUUUACCUUGAAAACAAAAAAUUAAAGGUUUCCCUUGCUACUUUGGAGAAAAGUACAGUGUCUGUUGAAUAUGAAUUGCUUCAUCUGCAAGAAAAAGCAAAGCUGCAGGAAAACCUUGUAGAACAGAGUAAAAAUGAGGCACAAAAAAGACAAAUUGCUGUGGAAGAAUUGAAAUCCAGAUAUGAAAGAGUCUUAAAUGAAAACAAAAAUAUAACAGAAAACAAAUGCUUAGAAGCAAAUAAGGUGAGGCACAAAAUGGAGGCUGAGUUAAAGGAGUUAGGACAUGUUUGUGACUUGCUGAAAGCAGCUGAGGAAAACCAGCAAAAGCUUCUGUCCUGGGGAAGGAUCUGUGCGCAGAAAUGCAAAACCCUCAGGGAGCUGGAGCUUCAGCCUGAAAAUGAAUUUUCCUGGACUUUUUUUUUCUCUGACAUCAAUUUCUAUGGCAGGGAUAACCAUAGUGCAACCUCUAUGGGCAAUCUUUGCCUAGAAGAAGAGAUCUGUAACAUUCAGAAGAAAUAUGGAGAUCUUCAAAGGCAAUUAGGACAGAUGGAAUAUCAGAAUGAAGAACUUGCUUACCAGCUCAGGAAAGAAGAUGAGAGUCUUCAGAGCAGUAAAUUGCAGCUUGAAGAGAAAAUUGCAGAAUGUAAUGCAUUGACCAGACAACUUGAAUCUGCUUUGGAAGAAGGAAGAAAAAUGGUAGCUGAAGAAUGGGAAAAAAUGUCAUACAAAGAACAAGCCUUUCAGACAAAACUGCUACUUCUCGAAGCUGAAGUGAGAAAGAGGCAAGAAGAAAAACAACAACUCCUCUGCUUAUUUCACCAUAAUGAAAAGCAUCAUGAAGUACAUUUGAAAGAGCUGGAGAACAGCCUACAGAAGUCAGUGAUCAAGAACCAGAGCAUCCAGAAUUAUGUGCAGUUUUUGAAAGAUGCAUAUGUAACAAUGUUUGGCUGAAUUCUUUAAUCUAUGUUAUAGUAGAGAAACUUGUCAAGAUUGGGCUCCCAGUCUUGUUGGAGGCAAAGCCAUUGAGGCCUUACAUUAUUUUGACAGAUUCAAUUUUAUAAUGUUAAUUCUUCUCUAGGAAAACAUCUGUUGUGGGCAGGAGAAACAGGUCAGCCAUUGCUGAGGGUCCCACUGGCUGGGCACGUGGGGAAUGGAGCUGAUGUUCCUGGCAGAAACCAUUGCAUUAUCCAUGGCACAGCAGGGCAAAGGCCAAGUGCAUGGCAGCAGCAGCAGCAGGUGUGUAUGUGUGGGUGUGCACACAAAAUGGGUCUGUGAGUGUUCUGGCCUGUAAAAUCUUACCUGAGUCCUUUUAGUCCAUGGUAAAUGCAGGUGAUCACAGAUCAUUAUCUUUCAAUUCAGUGAUAUCUAACCUAUUAAAACAGGCAAAAACUGAGGUCAUUAGGUUCCUUCCCUUUUUUCCUCUGCAGUUUAGCUCCAGUAUAGCCCUACACAACAUGGGAGAGCUGCCACUACAGGGCUGACCCAUCCAGACACUUUUCUCUACAUCUCAUCAUUAUGAUCAGGAAUAUACUAUAGUAGCAUUUUAUAAAUAUAAGUAGGAAAAUUUUUUAGAUACAGGUAUAGUUUAAGCUCUGAAUGUGCUGAUAUAUCCUGGUGACACAGCUCCAGUGAGAUAUUUAAAUAUUUGUCUGAGUUCAGGAGCAGCUGUUCAAUAAGACUGACUUGUGCCUCAAGUAAAACACAUGUAAAUAUUCAGCUGAUACAGGAUUAAUACAAGAAACAAUUCCUGAUCUAAUUUCAGUUCAAAAUUCAAAUUAGUUUUGUAGAUAUAUGCUAUGAUUUUUUUUUUAAAAAUAGUACAUUCAGUUAAAUAUAUGCGAUUUACAAUGUAUACUUAAAUAAUAUCUUUUUUUUUGACCAAAACCUUAAGUUUGUUUAUGCAUAGGCAAUACCCAUUCUAUUUCAUUGUUAGUUGUUAGUAAUGUGUUGAAUUCGGACCUUUUUUUUUGCAAAUGCUUAUCCAUCUUAGCAAAUGCUGAUGUGUGCUAAUGAUCUGCUUCUGUGCACUUUUUAAAAAUAAAAUUGUCAUUUAUUCUAUAUGA